CCGUCGCGACAGCCGGGGGGGGACAACGAUCGGUGACACCCGCGGGGGGAGCACCCGAGGAAGGGGGGGACGGGACCCCCAGAGCCCGCCUGGGACCCCCGACCGCCACCAAGGACCCCCCAAAAACCCCCCCGGGACCCCCCAAAAACCUCCCGGGACUCCCCAACCCCCCCCCGGGGCUCCCUUGAGCCCGUUCGAGGACCCCCAAACCUCACCGGGGACCCCCCAAGAGCCCCCCAGGAGCCCCCCAAAACCCCGGCGGGGGUCCCGAGGCUGCGGCCAUGGCUGAGGGGGAAGGAGAGGACGAUGUGCAGUUCCUGCGCACGGAUGACGAGGUGGUCCUGCAGUGCACCACCACGCUGCUGAAGGAGCAGCUCAAGCUCUGCCUGUCGGUGGAGGGCUUCGGGAACCGCCUGUGCUCCCUGGAGCCCACCUCCAACGCACAGAACGUCCCCCCGGACCUGGCCGUGUGCUGCUUCGUGCUGGAGCAGUCGCUGUCGGUGCGGGCGCUGCAGGAGAUGCUGGCCAACAGCUCCGAGAUCGGCAGCGAGUCCUCUCAGGGUGGGGGUCACCGGACGCUGCUCUACGGCCACGCCAUCCUGCUGAGACACUCGCACAGCGGCAUGUACCUGAGCUGCCUGACCACCUCCCGCUCGGUCACCGACAAACUGGCCUUCGACGUGGGGCUGCAGAAGGACGCAGCAGGAGAGGCGUGCUGGUGGACGAUGCACCCGGCGUCCAAGCAGCGCUCGGAGGGAGAGAAGGUUCGGGUGGGCGACGACCUGAUCCUGGUCAGCGUGUCCUCAGAGAGAUACCUGCACCUCUCCACGGCCUCGGGGGAGCUCCAGGUCGACGCCUCCUUCAUGCAGACGCUGUGGAACAUGAACCCCAUCUGCUCGGGCUGCGAGGAAGGUUACGUCACCGGCGGCCACGUCAUGCGCCUGUUCCACGGCCACAUGGACGAGUGCCUGACCCCCACGGCCCCCGAGCAGGGCGAGGAGCGCAGCAGCGUUGUCAACUACGAGGGCCCGCCGCCCGCCGAGCUGCGCCACGAGCAGCGCCAGGGCCGCCUGCGCGCCCUGCGGGCCCGCCAGAGCCUCUUCCAGCAGGAGGGGAUGCUGACGCUGGUGCUGAGCUGCAUCGACCGCCUGAGCGCCUACAGCACGGCGGCGCAGUUCGGGGAGGCCGCGGGCGAGGAGGCGGCGGCCGCCUGGAAGGAGAUCGUCAACCUGCUCUACGAGCUGCUGGCCUCGCUGAUCCGAGGGAACCGAGCCAACUGCGCCCUGUUCUCCACCAACCUGGACUGGCUGGUCAGCAAACUGGACAGGCUGGAGGCCUCCUCGGGCAUCCUGGAGGUGCUGUACUGCGUGCUGAUCGAGAGCCCCGAGGUGCUGAACAUCAUCCAGGAGAACCACAUCAAAUCCAUCAUCUCCCUGCUGGACAAGCACGGCCGCAACCACAAGGUGCUGGACGUGCUGUGCUCGCUGUGCGUGUGCAACGCCGUGGCCGUGCGCUCCAACCAGAACCUGAUCACCGAGAACCUGCUGCCGCGCCGCGACCUCCUGCUGCAGACCGGCAUGGUCAACUACGUCACCAGCGUGCGCCCCAACCUGUUUGUGGGCACGGCGCCGGGCUCCACGCAGUUCCGCUGCUGGUACUUCGAGGUGGCCGUGGAGCGGGUGCAGCCCUUCGUCACGCCCGUGCCCACCCACCUGCGCGUGGGCUGGGGGGCGGCCGGGGGCUUCCGGCCCGCGCCGGGGGGCGGCUCGGGCUGGGGGGGCAACGGAGCCGGCGACGACCUCAACUCCUUCGCCUUCGACGGGCUCCACCUCUGGACAGGGGGUGUCCCCAAGGCCGUGGGGUCCCCUCAGCGCCGGGCUCUGGCCGGGGGGGACGUGGUCAGCUGCUGCCUGGACCUGGGGGUCCCCAGCGCCUCCUUCCGCCUCAACGGGGCCCCGGUCCAGGGCGUCCUGGAGGGCUUCAACCUCGACACCCUCUUCACCCCCGUGGCCAGCUUCUCGGCGGGGGUCCGGCUGCGGUUCCUGCUGGGGGGCCGGCACGGCGAGUUCCGGUUCGUGCCCCCUCCCGGCUACGCUCCGUGCGCCGAGGCGCUGCUGCCCCGCGAGCGGCUGCGCCUGGAGCCGCUGACGGCGUACCGGGGCUCGGCCCCGCCCGGAGCCCGCAGCCUGCUGGGGCCCACCCGCGCCCUGCCCCACACCGCCUUCACCCCCUGCCCCGUGGACACCUGCCAGAUCGUGCUGCCCCCACACCUGGAGCGCAUCCGGGAGAAGCUGGCGGAGAACAUCCACGAGCUCUGGGCCCUGACCCGCAUCGAGCAGGGCUGGACCUACGGGCCUGUCCGGGAUGACGUGCAGCGCCUGCACCCCUGUUUGCUGAGCUUCCACAGCCUCCCCGAGCCCGAGCGCGGCUACAACCUCCAGAUGUCGGGGGAGACCCUCAAGACGCUGCUGGCCCUGGGCUGCCACGUGGGGAUGGCGGACGAGAAAGCUGAGGAGAACCUGAAGAAGAUCAAACUGCCCAAAACGUACACCAUGUCCAACGGGUACAAGCCGGCGCCGCUGGACCUGUCGCACGUGCGCCUGACGCCGGCGCAGCUGACCCUGGUCGAUCGCCUGGCCGAGAACGGCCACAACGUCUGGGCUCGGGACAGGGUGCAGCAGGGCUGGACCUACAGCACCACCCAGGACAUCAAGAACAAGCGGAACCCGCGGCUGGUCCCCUACAACCUUCUGGACGAGGGGACCAAGGCCACCAACCGCGAGAGCCUCUGCCAGGCCGUGCGGACCCUGCUGGGCUACGGCUACAACAUCGAGCCCCCCGACCAGGACUCGCCCUCGCAGGGUGCUGUUCCCGGGGGUCCCCGUGCCCCCCGGCCGCGGCUGUUCCGUGCGGAGCGGGGCUCGGCCGUGCGCUCGGGGAAGUGGUACUUCGAGUUCGAGGCCGUGACCCCCGGGGAGAUGCGCGUGGGGUGGGCGCGGCCCGGGCUGCGCCCCGACACCGAGCUGGGCGCCGACGACAUGGCCUUCGUCUUCAACGGGCACCGGGCCCAGCGGUGGCACGUGGGUGGCGAGUCCUUCGGCCGGUCCUGGCAGGCCGGGGACGUCGUGGGCUGCCUCAUCGACCUCGGCGAGUGCCACAUGAGCUUCACCCUCAACGGCGAGGUGCUGAUCGGGGACGGCGGCUCCGAGGUGGCCUUCAGGGACUUCGACGUGGGCGACGGCUUUGUCCCGGUGUGCAGCCUGGGUUUGGGGCAGGAGGGGCACCUGAACCUGGGCCAGGACGUGGGCACCCUGCGCUACUUCGGCAUCUGCGGGCUGCAGGAGGGCUACGAGCCCUUCGCCAUCAACAUGAAACGGCCCAUCGCCCUCUGGUUCAGCCACAGCCUGCCCCAGUUCGUGCCAGUGCCCCCCGAGCACCCCAACCUGGAGGUGACCCGCCUGGACGGCACUGUGGACGCCCCUCCGUGCCUGCGCCUGUCGCACCGCAGCUCGGGCACGCCCGCGGCGCCCCCCGAGCUGCUCUUCCUGCGCCUCAGCCUCCCGGUGCAGUUCCACCCCACCUUCCGCUGCACCCCCGGCGCCACCCCGCUGCCCCAGGCCCCCCCCCCGGAGCCCCCCGAGGACCUCACCGAGUCCGAGUUCGAGCGGCUGCGGCGCUCGGCGGGGCCCCGCAGCCCCGAGGGGGACGAGGGAGCCGAGAAAGGGGCGGCCCCCGGAGCUGCCCCGGCCCGGGAGCAGCCGCGAGGGGAGAACGAGAAGGACGCGACCACCGAGAAGGGCAAGACCAGGAGGGGGUUCCUGUUCAAGGGCCGGAAGACGCCGUUCGCGCCGCCGCCCGCGCCCCCGCCCGUGCCCCGGCUGGAGGAGGACGUGGUGCCCGACGAGCGCGACGACCCCGAGGUCAUCAUGAACACCACCACGUACUACUACUCGGUGCGGCUGUUUGCGGGGCAGGAGCCGGGCAGUGCCUGGGUGGGCUGGGUCACCCCCCACUUCCACCAGCACGACCCCGACUUCGAGCUGGGGCGGGUGCGCAGCGUCACCGUCACCAUGGGCGACGACCGCGGCAACGUGCACGACAGCAUCAAGCGCAGCAACUGCUACAUGGUGUGGGGCGGGGAGUUUGCGGCCCCCACGCAGCAGGCCAGGGUGUCCCACACUGACCUGGUCAUCGGCUGCCUGGUGGACCUGGCCACGGGGCUCAUGACCUUCACCGCCAACGGCAAAGAGAUCAACACCUUCUUCCAGGUGGAGCCCAACACCAAGCUGUUCCCGGCGGUGUUUGUGCAGCCCACCACCCAAAACGUGCUGCAGUUCGAGCUGGGCAAGCUCAAGAACAUCAUGCCCAUCUCGGCGGCCAUGUUCAGCAGCGAGCGGCAGAACCCGGCGCCGCAGUGCCCGCCCAGGCUGGUGAUCCAGCACCUGACCCCGGUCACCUGGAGCCGGAUGCCCACCGAGUACCUGGGCGUGGAGAGCGCCCGGCUGGGCGAGCGGCAGGGCUGGGCCGUGGAGUGCUGCCAGCCCCUGCAGAUGAUGGCGCUGCACAUCCCCGAGGAGGACAGGUGCAUCGACAUCCUGGAGCUGUGGGAGCGCGAGGACCUGCUGCAGUUCCAGUGCCACACCCUGCGCCUCUACUGCGCCGUGUGCGCGCUGGGCAACAACCGCGUGGCGCACGCGCUCUGCAGCCACGUGGACCAGGCCCAGCUGCUCUUCGCCAUCGAGAGCCCCGAGCUGCCGGGGCCCCUGCGGGCCGGCUACUACGACCUGCUGCUGGCCAUGCACCUGGACGCGGCGCAGCGCGCCCGCUCCUCCAUGAGCGCCGAGUUCAUCGUGCCCAUCUCCGAGGCCACGCGCGCCAUCGCGCUCUUCCCCGACGGCGCCCGCUGCCCGGGGCCCCCGGGCGUGGGGCCCAGCGCCUGCCUGAGGCCCCAGCCCCACUUCUCGGAGCCCUGCUUCGUGCGCGUCCCGUCGGGCCGCGCUCCGCUCAGCCCCGCCAUCCCGCUGGACGAGCUGGGCGCCAAGGCCAUGCGCAUGCUGGCCGAGGCCGUGGCCGGCGGGGGUCCCCACGCCCGGGACCCCGUCGGGGGCAGCGUGGAGUUCCAGCUGGUGCCCGUGCUGAAGCUGGUGUCGGCGCUGCUGGCCGUGGGCGCGCUGGGCGACGGCGACGUGCGCCGCGUGCUGCGCAUGAUCGAGCCCCACGUCUUCGGGGAGGCGCGCGCGGCGCGCAGGGACGAGGAGGAGGAGGAGGAGGAGGAGGAAGGGACGAAGGCCAUCGAGGCUGGCGAGGAGGAGGAGGAGGAGGAGGAGGCGAGGAGGAAAAAGGCAAUCGAGGCCGGAGAGCUGGAGGAGGAGGAGGAGGAGGAAGUGAGGAGGAGGAAGGCCAUCGAGGCUGGAGAGCUGCAGGAGGAGGAGGAGGAUGAGGAGGAGGCCAGGAGGACGAAGGCCAUGGAGGCCGGGGAGGGGCAGGAGAAGGAGGAGGAGGAAGAGCUGGAGGAGGGGCUGCUGCAGAUGAAGCUGCCGGAGUCGGUCAAGCUGCAGAUGUGCCACCUGCUGCAGCACCUGUGCGAGCGGGAGCUGCAGCACCGCGUCGAGGCCAUCGUGGCCUUCUCGGAGCGCCACGUGCAGCGGCUGCAGCGCGACCAGCGGCGCCGCUACGGCCGCCUGAUGCGGGCACUGACCAUGUCGGCCGCAGAGACCGCCCGCAGAACGCGGGAGUUCCGCUCGCCCCCGCAGGAGCAGAUCAACAUGCUGAUGCAGUACAAGGGAGGGGCUGAGGAUGAGGAGUGUCCGGUGCCUGGGGACAUCCGGGACGAGCUGCUGGACUUCCACAACGACCUGCUGGCCCACUGCGGCAUCGAGCUGGCGGAGGAGGAAGAGGAGGAGGAGGAGGAGACGUCGCUGCGGCAGCGGCUGAUGGGGCUGGUGCAGAAGGUGGUGGGGGUCCGGGCCCCCCCCAAGGAGGAGGAGACCCCCCCCGAGGAGCCCCCGGUGCCCAGCACGCUGCAGGAGCUGAUCUCGCAGACCAUGGUGCACUGGGCACAGGAGUCGUUCAUCCAGAGCCCGGCGCUGGUCCGGGCCAUGUUCAGCCUGCUGCACCGGCAGUACGACGCGCUGGGCGAGCUGGGCCGGGCGCUGCCCAAGGCCUACGCCAUCAGCGCCACCUCCGUGCCCGACACCACGGCCCUGCUCGAGUGCCUGGGGCAGAUCCGCUCGCUGCUCAUCGUGCAGAUGGGCCCCGAGGAGGAGAACCUCAUGAUCCAGAGCAUCGGGAACAUCAUGAACAACAAGGUGUUCUACCAGCACCCCAACCUGAUGCGUGCUCUGGGCAUGCACGAGACGGUGAUGCAGGUGAUGGUCAGCGUGCUGGGCGGCGGCGAGUCCAAGGAGAUCCGGUUCCCCAAGAUGGUGACCAACUGCUGCCGCUUCCUCUGCUACUUCUGCCGCAUCAGCCGCCAGAACCAGCGCUCCAUGUUCGACCACCUGGGCUACCUGCUGGAGAACAGCGGCAUCGGGCUGGGCAUGCAGGGCUCCACCCCCCUGGACGUGGCGGCCGCCUCGGUCAUCGACAACAACGAGCUGGCGCUGGCCCUCAAGGAGCAGGACCUGGAGAAGGUGGUGACGUACCUGGCCAGCUGUGGGCUGCAGAGCUGCCCCAUGCUGCUGGCCAAGGGCUACCCCGACAUCGGCUGGAACCCCUGCGGGGGGGAGAAGUACCUCGACUUCCUGCGCUUCGCCGUCUUCGUCAACGGGGAGAGCGUGGAGGAGAACGCCAACGUGGUGGUGCGGCUGCUGAUCCGGCGUCCCGAGUGCUUCGGGCCGGCGCUGCGGGGCGAGGGCGGCAGCGGGCUGCUGGCCGCCAUCCAGGACGCGCUGAGCAUCGCCCAGGACCCGGCCAGGGACGGGCCCAGCGGGCGCAGGGAGAGGAGGCCGUUCGGGCCCGAGGAGCCCCCCGAGGAGAACCGCGUGCACCUGGGCCACGCCAUCAUGUCCUUCUACGCCGCCCUCAUCGACCUGCUGGGCCGCUGCGCCCCCGAGAUGCACCUGAUCCAGGCGGGGAAGGGGGAGGCACUGCGGAUCCGGGCCAUCCUGCGCUCGCUCGUCCCGCUCGAGGACCUGGUGGGGAUCAUCAGCCUCCCGCUGCAGAUCCCGGCGCUGGGAAAAGACGGGAACGUGGUGCAGCCCCGCAUGGCCGCCAGCUUCGUCCCCGAGCACAAGGCGCCCAUGGUGCUGUUCCUGGACCGCGUUUACGGGGUGCAGAGCCAGGAGUUCCUGCUCCACGUGCUGGAAGUGGGGUUCCUGCCCGACAUGCGCGCGGCCGCCUCGCUGGACACGGCGACGUUCAGCACGACGGAGAUGGCGCUGGCGCUGAACCGCUACCUGUGCCUGGCGGUGAUGCCGCUCAUCACCAAGUGCGCGCCGCUGUUCGCCGGCACCGAGCACCGCGCCAUCAUGGUGGACUCCAUGCUGCACACCAUCUACCGCCUGUCGCGCGGCCGCGCCCUCACCAAGGCGCAGCGCGACGCCAUCGAGGAGUGCCUGAUGGCCCUCUGCAGGUACAUCCGCCCCUCCAUGCUGCAGCACCUCCUGCGCCGCCUCGUCUUCGACGUGCCCAUCCUCAACGAGUUCGCCAAGAUGCCCCUCAAGCUGCUGACCAACCACUACGAGCGCUGCUGGAGGUACUACUGCCUGCCCAGCGGGUGGCCCAACAUGGGCGUCAGCUCCGAGGAGGAGCUGCACCUCACCAGGAAACUCUUCUGGGGCAUCUUCGAGUCCCUGGCGCACAAGAAGUUCGAGGCCGAGCUCUACAGGCUGGCCAUGCCGUGUCUCUGCGCCAUCGCCGGCGCGCUCCCGCCCGACUACGUGGACGCCAGCUACUCGUCCCGCACCGAGAAGAAGGCCUCGGUGGAUGCUGAGGGCAACUUCGACCCCAAACCCGUCGAGACCCUCAAUGUCAUCAUCCCCGAGAAGCUCGACGGUUUCAUCAACAAAUACGCUGAGUACACGCACGAGAAGUGGGCCUUUGACAAGAUCCAGAACAACUGGACUUUUGGGGAGACCGUGGAUGAAGAAGCCAAAACCCACCCGAUGCUGAGACCCUACAAAACCUUCUCUGAGAAGGACAAGGAGAUUUACCGGUGGCCCAUCAAGGAGUCCCUCAAGGCCAUGCUGGCCUGGGAGUGGACGGUGGAGAAGGCCAGGGAGGGGGAGGACGAGCGCGCCGAGAAGAAGAAAACGCGGAAAAUCUCCCAAAACGCCCAGGCCACCUAUGACCCCUCCCACGGCUACAGCCCCCAGCCCGUGGACCUGAGCGGGGUCACCCUGUCCCGGGAGCUGCAGGCCAUGGCAGAGCAGCUGGCCGAGAACUACCACAACACCUGGGGCCGCAAGAAGAAGCUGGAGCUGGAGGCCAAGGGGGGGGGCUCCCACCCGCUGCUGGUGCCCUACGACACGCUGACGGCCAAGGAGAAGGCGCGGGACCGGGAGAAGGCGCAGGAGCUGCUCAAGUUCCUGCAGCUGCACGGAUACGCCGUCACACGGGGGCUCAAGGACAUGGAGCUGGACACGUCGUCCAUCGAGAAACGCUUCGCCUUCGGCUUCCUGCAGCAGCUGCUGCGCUGGAUGGACAUCGCCCAGGAGUUCAUCGCGCACCUGGAGGCCGUGGUCAGCAGCGGGCGGGUGGAGAAAUCCCCCCACGAGCAGGAGAUCAAGUUCUUCGCCAAGAUCCUGCUGCCCCUCAUCAACCAGUACUUCCACAACCACUGCCUCUACUUCCUGUCCACCCCGGCCCAGGUGCUGGGCAGCGGCGGCCACGCCUCCAACAAGGAGAAGGAGAUGAUCACCAGCCUCUUCUGCAAACUGGCCGCGCUCGUCCGGCACCGCGUGUCGCUCUUCGGGACGGACGCCCCGGCCGUGGUGAACUGUCUGCUCAUCCUGGCACGGUCCCUGGACGCCAGGACGGUGAUGAAGUCGGGCCCCGAGAUCGUCAAGGCCGGCCUGCGCUCGUUCUUCGAGUCGGCCGCCGAGGACAUGGAGAAGUUGGGGGAGCAGCUGCGGCUGGGCCGGGGGACCCCGACCCGCGCCCCCACCAAGGGCGUGGCCCAGAACGUCACCUACACCUCGGUGGCCCUGCUGCCCGUCCUCACCGCGCUCUUCGAGCACCUGGCGCAGCACCAGUUCGGGG